CGUCAAAUACACCUGAACAUUCCAUCACGCCUGUACACACUGCCGGGGCUCUCAUUCUUACUGGGUACGAUGAUCGGCGUGCAGCGCGGCGGGCGGACGGCGUCGCUGCGGUUCCUGGCGGAGAACGCGCACCGACCGCCGCGGACGGUGCGCGGGUGGUACUUUUACCAGAAGACGAAGAACUACAAGGUGCUGUGGGGGGCGCUGAAGGAGGGCGGGCGGAUCGGGACGCGGCUCGGGCUGAUGACGCUCGGGUGGGCGGGGACGGAG